AUGCUCCGAUCGGCCGAUGGUCUCACGCGAUUUUUCCUUUUUUCCUUCUUUUCUUAUAUCGUAGGCAAACAUGUAACAGACGCCUCGUGCGCCUCGGCCACUGGCAUAUUCGAUCCGUUCACGAUGCAAUGGGCCGAUUGGGGGAUAAACCUCUUAAAAUUGCCGCGCGACAUCUUCCCGGAAAUAGUAGACACAGUGGGAGACUUCGGAGACACACCCGUGGAGCUGUUCGGCAGGAAAAUCCCAAUUUAUUGCUCGAUCGCCGACCAAGCGGCAUCCUUGUUCGGCUCGGGAUGCUACUAUGCUGGCGAUUUCAAAAUCACCAUGGGAACCGGCACCUUUGUAGACGUUAACACAGGACGAGAGCCGCACGUGUCUGUUAAAGGCCUUUAUCCGGUGGUCGGGUGGCGAAUCAAGAAUGAACUGGUUUAUGUCGCGGAAGGAUCCGCGAACGAUACCGGUGUAUUAGUCGAGUGGGCCAGAGAGAUAGGACUCGUGACUGACAUCAAGGAGAUCGCUGACAUCGCAAAAGAAGUUCAGGACUCUGACGGAGUAUACUUUAUACCGGCAUUCAGCG